AUGGCCGGAGAAGAUGCCGGAGGGGUCGGAGGGGAGGACGGAAGGGGAUGCAUGGGGCUAGGAAAAAGGAAAGAAAAAGAAAACAGAGAGGGAAAAAAGACAGGCCGGAGGCCAGGGCAAGCCGCCGGCGACGACAGCCGAAAAAAAAAGGUUAGGUGCCAAACACCGGUGCCCACUGUUGGGACCCAACCGAUGUCUCUAAAAUGCACUUCCACGAGUUCCCGACCCCCGACUUUUGAAAACCCGAAUCUCGGCCCAUAUGCCCCAACAAAAUUCCCGUCUCAGCUCAUUUUCUCGUUUUCCGCCACCAUCGACAUUCCUGACCUGUUCUAUGCGUUCGUGCAGAAUUUUUCGAAAAACGACAUAUGA